AUGGAGAAAGAAAAGGUGGCGAGAGAUGGGAUUGGCGUGGAGCUGGGUAUAGAAAGCUGGCUCUUGAUUAGCUUUAUUUUCAUAUCCUCACCAGGCAUCUCUGUUGAGAGUAAUGCUAAAGGUUUUUCUAUACAUCUUAUACAUACCGAUUCACAAUUCUCUCCUUACAGGAAUCGCAAAGGAGAAAGCUUUGCUGAGGACACUGAUCUCAAGAGCACUCUCUCACGGCACGCUUAUAUAUGGGGCAGGCAGCAAAAAAUGCAGCCAAAUGAUUUUGUGGCCCCUCAUAUUUCUGAUAGGAACACGUUCCUUGCAAAUUUAUCCAUUGGUGACCCACCUUUGAAUGUGUACGUGCAGAUGGACACCGGCAGUGAGUUGCUGUGGGUCCAAUGUGCCCUCUGCGAUAUUUGUUAUGAUCAACCGGAUCCCCUCUAUGAUCGAACCAAAUCUGGUAGUUUUACUGAAAUGGGUUGGUAUACUUCUCUUUGCUUAAGUCUUGGCCUUCCGGCCUCCUCGCCUUCGAAAUCCUCACCUUCACUUCCCAUUAUUUUGUGCCGAAAUCUGUGUUUCCAUGGCCUCAAUUCCCCAUUUUUAGCGAAGUGGGUCUUGUUUACUGAAGGAAGAUUGAAGUUUUUUUUAGUCAGCCUUGUUUCUAGUGUUUGGGUAAAGAUGUUUCAGUUGUUGUUCUUGGUUUUAUUUGUUGAGGGCAUUGUGUCAUUGCUUUUGAUGGUCAAGAAUGGGCCAUUGAGGGAGCUUGUGAUUACCAGUUCACACGGUUGA